UUCUAUACACCAAAACGUUCUCCACAUUUUCUUUAUCUUCACUUCUAACACUAUAUACCUUUUUUCAAAAUUUAUUGCAAAAUAUGGCCACCAAUUCGACAUGGACUCACCAGCAAAACAAGAAGUUUGAGAAUGCGUUGGCUAUUUACGACAGGGACACACCGGACCGGUGGCGUAAUUUGGCCAAAGCAGUUGGUGGAAAAACUGAAGAAGAAGUGAAAAGGCACUAUGAAAAACUUGUUGAAGAUAUUAAUCACAUUGAGUCUGGAAAUGUUCCGUUGCCUAAUUAUAAUGGUGGUCGUAGCAAAGGCUACAAUCUCAUGGAGGAAGAACAAAGGCUGAAGUAUCUGAAGCUCCAAUAAAAGCGAGAAUAUCGAAGUACGUGAUUCAGAAGGAGCCUAUUUUAUGUGAGCAAAUGGAACUUAUGAUAUGCAGUAAAUUAACAAGUAAUAACAGAAGGAUAUACUUGAUUUUGCCUUUCUUUUUCAAAACGUUUAGUUAUCUUAAUUUGGUUUUCAUUGGAUAAAUUUCCUUUGAGAAACUAUACAUGUAUGAAGUACGUCUCCUAAAGUGACUCAAAUGUAAUCUUCCAUGUGCUAAUGUUAUACGUACUGGAUUCCGUGGUACAA